AUGCGGCAUCAUUUCUACCGCCAGAGGGAGUGGAUGCGGAAGUGGCCCCAGACCCUGGCCGAUGACAGAGGGGCUCUGGGUCGUCCUGAGGCCAAAGCCCUUGAGCUUUCCGAGUCGCGGGCCAUCAGUGAGAAGCACAUCUCACAGGCACGGACCCUCCCGGUUGUCACCCUUUGCAGGCUCAUUUCCUUUGACACCUCAUUUCGUUCCACCGCUGCCCGGCAGGCGGAGCAGCAGCCUGUCUUCUUCAUAGUCUUGGGGGCCGAGCAGGCCAACCUCCUCGGGCGCAGGGCCGCUGACAUGGGGGCCCUUCGGAUGCUGUUCCUGCUCCCGCUGCUUCGGGCAGUGCGGGGCCGGAAGCCGCACGGUCGGGGGGCCGUGCGCACGCGCCACAGCCCCGCUUCCAGGCUCGGCGGCCCCGAGACACCGGUGGGGCCUUUGCCUCCGUCUCCUCCUUUCCUUGCAGCCGACGGGGAUUCUGGAGAUGGCGUGGAGGCCGAGGAAGUAGUCGCUGUGCUUCAGGAGUCCGUCAGCCUUCCCCUGGAGGUACCAUUCAAUGACAAGGUCGAGGACGUCAUCUGGUCCUCUCGCAUAAGGCUUGCCACGGUGGUUCCGGGGAGAGAGGGACAGCCGGCUACCAUCACGGUGACCAACGCUCGAUACGCGGGCAGAGUGAGCUUCCCGGACCCCAGCUACUCCCUGCUCACCAGCAAUCUGAGCUGGGGGGACUCAGGGCCUUACAAGGCUCAGGUCAACCUGAGGACGUCCCAGAUCUCCGCCAGGCAGCGUUACAGGCUCCGUGUCUACCGACGGCUGUCGGAGCCUCGCGUCACGGUGGGCUUUGAGAAUUCCAGGGAAGGUGGCUGUAAUGUGUCCCUGACGUGCUCCGUAGAGAAGGUGGGCCUGGAUGUGACCCACAGCUGGCUGUCCUGGGAACAUGGCACUGAGACACUGACAGUCCGUGAGGGCUCUGCCCUCAGCGCGUCCCGGAGACCUGGGGACAAUGCCCUCUCCUAUACCUGCAGGGCCACCAACCCCGUCAGCAGCGUCCGUUCCUGCCUAGUCCUUGCCGGGCCCUUCUGUGCAGAUCCUGGCUAUGCCUUGGACACGUCCACUUACUUCUGCCUCUGAGCCAAAGGGCUGCUCUUCUGCUUCCUCGUGGUCACUCUGGCCGUGGGGCUCUGGCUCAUCUGAGCCCAGAAAAGAUGCAGAAUGCCAGGGAUGAGGACCCCCAGGAGAAACGAGGCUGAAGCCUCGCCCCGGCCUGGCCCGAUCGCCCCUUGGGGACCCCUGUGCUGA